AUGACCUCCGCAACAAAGGAGCACUGUGUGCCCAUGGCCUGGAAAGAGCUACUUCGUAGGUGGGGUGGGCAUGGAGGAAAAACAAUUACCUUUAUCCCUGAGCUGGCGCUUUUGCGAGAUGUCUCCUGCUAACAGAGCUUGGAGAAGGACUGAUUGGAGUAGUGAAAGGUGACCUUCCACACAGUGAAACUAGUGUUAAACUAGCGUGAGGUGGCAAAAGCUCCUGAGGCAACAUCUAGGGCUGCCAAGUUAACCGACUGGAUGUUACAUCUGGGUCGUCAACGUGACUCGACCGCAUAAGUUCUUUUUGAUUUAAAUAAUUGUCAGUAGCAGUUACCACUAGCGGCUUGCUUGAGUCAUCAAUUAUCAAGCAAAAGUUGAACACACAAGCAUGGCUUGUUGCCUCAGAGUUCCAUAGUUAUAUUUCACUUCCUCUGCAGCAACCUUUGCGGCUAAGUAAUGUCAACAGUUUGCUAGUCAUGGCACCAAUGUAACUGAUCAUUUGGGGUUGUUGGUGCAACUUCAGAUCCUGUUAGUGUGCUGAGCUGAAACGCAGGCAUUCACUUUGCUGAGCUGUACUUGCUUUAGGAGUAACCUUGCCCGAGGCCUAAAGACAAGUGUUGCCUACCUUUGCUACACUAACGCCAACAUUUUCAACUGAAAUCACAUAUUCUUCAUGUAGGGCUAUGGUGCUCUGGUCUGUUCAAAACAUAUUUAUUGGCUGAAUACAUGACUAAUUUGUUUAAAAUAUUCAGAUUAACCUUUGUGGAGAGGUAGAAUUUGUUUUCAAUGCAAGGGAAUUAAAACCUGAAGACGAGAAUUCUUAUCAAAAAUCCCUGCAUCAUUUUUAACAUCGUUAUGAUUGUCGUAUGAUCAUCGCACUGAUUCUAGGGUGAUAAAUAUAGUGGCUGACGUAAAUUGUUCCCCCAAACACUCUGCUUCACUGACACAAACCAGUCAAACCACCACACCAUUUUCACUGCAGCUCAUAUAGAGUAAAACCAUAUUUGGUCAAACUUUGGACUGUUGCCUUAAAAGGCUACUAAACUCAGCAAAAAUAGAAACGUCCUCACUGUCAACUGCAUUUAUUUUCAGCAAACAUAACGUGUAAAUAUUUGUAUGAACAUAACAAGAGUCAACAACUGAGACAUAAACUGAACAAGUUCCACAGACAUGUGACUAACAGAAAUUGAAUAAUGUGUCCCUGAACAAAGGGGGGAUCAAAAUAAAUGGCCCUAGCCCUCACCCUCCGAUCCAACAGGUCCCAGACGUGCUCAAUGGGAUUGAGAUCAGGCCUCUUCGCUGGCCAUGGCAGAACACUGACAUUCCUGUCUUGCAGGAAAUCACGCACAGAACGAGCAGUACGGCUGGUGGCGUUGUCAUGCUGGAGGGUAAUGUCAGGAUGAGCCUGCAGGAAGGGUACCACAUGAGGGAGGAGGAUGCCUUCCCUCUAACGCACAGCGUUGAGAUUGCCUGCAAUGACAACAAGCUCAGUCCGAUGAUGCUGUGACACACCGCCCCAGACCAUGACGGACCCUCCACCUCCAAAUCGAUCCCGCUCCAGAGUACAGGCCCCGGUGUGACGCUCAUUCCUUCGACGAUAAACGCGAGUCCGACCAUCACCCCUGGUGAGACAAAACCGCGACUCGUCAGUGAAGAGCACUUUUUGCCAGUCCUUUCUGGUCCAGCGACGGUGGGUUUGUGCCCAUAGGCGACGUUGUUGCCGGUGAUAUCUGUUGAGGACCUGCCUUACAACAGGCCUACAAGCCCUCAGUCCAGCCUCUCUCAGCCUAUUGCGGACAGUCUGAGCACUGAUGGAGGGAUUGUGCGUUCCUGGUGUAACUCAGGCAGUUGUUGUUGCCAUCCUGUACCUGUCCCGCAGGUGUGAUGUUCGGAUGUACCGAUCCUGUGCGGGUGUUACACGUGGUCUGCCACUGCGAGGACGAUCAGCUGUCCGUCCUGUCUCCCUGUAGCGCUGUCUUAGGCGUCUCACAGUACGGACAUUGCAAUUUAUUGCCCUGGCCACAUCUGCAGUCCUCAUGCUUCCUUGCAGCAUGCCUAAGGCACGUUCACGCAGAUGAGCAGGGACCCUGGGCAUCUUUCUUUUGGUGUUUUUCAGAGUCAGUAGAAAGGCCUCUUUAGUGUCCUAACUGUGACCUUAAUUGCCUAACGUCUGUAAGCUGUUAGUGUCUUAACGAAAAAGGGACGUUUCUUUUUUGCUUAGUUUUUAUAUACCAUGUAGUGAAGCAGACACUGCUCUUCAGAGUUCAAGCGGAACUAGUCUUGUCCACCAGUCGUGUGUCUGGCAACUGUGAACCUGGCAAACCAGGCGAAAGCAGAACAAAUACAUUCACAAGUCUUCAAAAAGAACAGUUUCCGUGAAAAGCGAGAAAUAGGCCUGAUCAAUGUAAUACAUUUUUCUGUUGACUGGUUUUGAGGAAUUUCCUAGAUUUAUUAAUUUAGUUCACUCACGGUCAGGGGCGGUGUGUUCAAUAGGGCGAUAUGGGCGACGCACUGCCAAACGGGAAAAGGAAGGGAUUUUUUUUCUAAUCAAUUAUAUCACGGCAACAGUAGUUAUCAGUGUUCUAAUCUGAUCUGACUGCCACUAAAUGUCAAAUCAGGCUAAAGUCGUGCUUCAAAUGGCCCCGCCCGUUUUUGGGGCGAUUUCAGUCAAGUUGAAAAUCGCCCAGAAGUCUGUCAUAGACUCUGAUGUAAAAUCAAUUUUUUUCAAAUUUCAAAGCUUUCAAUACAAUCUCUAUGUGUUUCUGAGGGCUUGCACUUACACGCUUUCGUCAUACGUGACGUAACCAUGAACGUAACUAAGAAAAUAGCGGCUAGCAGCGUCUCUGUUGCGACCUGCAGUGUGGCGUUAUCUUAUGUUUUUAAUUUGUACACUUAGUGGCGUUAUUUUAUGUUUUUAAUUUGUACACUUAGUUUACAAACAUUCUGCCAACCAUGGAUUUCCAGUGGUGGGUUUUGGACUGAUCUUGUUGAUCGUGUACAUACCCGCUACGAACGGACUAAAUAAUGAAAACGCUGCUGGCAGCGGAAUCCAAUACAGCUGGGAGACUUGGCUGGAUGACAGAGACAGUCACAGGGAAAAUCGAUCCUGGUAAGAGAGCGACUCUGUACCCCCGACAUUGAACUGCUUUCUGUGUCACUGCGACCUUACUAUCUGCCCCGUGAGUUCCCCCAAUUGUUUGUUACCGUUGUGUACUGUUGAUAAUCACAAGUUUACUGGAGAACUGAGACCAAGUAGAGACUUUGGACAGGGUGGAUAUGGUAUAAUAAAGGCAGUUUAUUCAGAGGUAAAGAUAUCUGGAAUCGCGUGCACGGACUCGUUCGUCAAACUCUUAGGGAGCUAUCUGAAGAGAGCCCCGAAAACAUUGUGUGCAGACAUUUUAUACAAUAAAUGAUGUAGGUUGAAUCUAGUAGUUCUGAUCUUCUGAUUGGUCCUGAUGAGUUGGGCGAGGUCCCCUCCACUGUUGCAUUGGCUCUGAGUCGGGUUCUCUGUCUUCAAAUGUUCAGCCUAAAGAGAGGGGAUUUUUGUGUGUGUGUGUUAUCAGUGAUGAUGUGUGUGUGUGUGUGUGUGUGUGUGUGUGUGUGUGUGUGUGUCCUCAGAGCAAGAACUCGUGAGUUGGAAGAACUGAGAGACCUAUGGCGUGGGUGUUGUCCUUGGCCACCUGCUGACAAGGCUGACAAGAUAGGACUCUUUUGUCCAUUGUUAUAGGAUAGGAACAGCAUUGAUUGAAAACAAACGCCCAACACAAAAUGGGUCAUGCACAAGAUUUUAGUCAGACCAAGCUAUAACAUUAUAUAUUUACUACGACAGUACAUUCAACCAAAAGCUAAUAUAACAAAGGCAUCAGAGAUUAUUUAUAAUCUGUCACAGAAACUGGAAUCCAUCUCCCCAGAUCAGUCAAUAAAUGCUUCUGGUAUUGACUUAUAUGCUGCCCCUGUCUUCAUGUUGUUGCUGGACAUAUCUUUUUUAAAAUGUGUGUAGGUCACCUAAAUCAUCAGAAAAAUUGCCCCUCCUGAGAGUUUUUUCAGGAGCCGCCACUGCUCACGGUCAUUACUUUUCAAGUCUCAUUUGAUGUCACUGUAUUGUCGUCUAACGUUUAUGGCGUACUAGGGAAAUGUGAAAAUUGUUCUACUUCAUAUUCACCCUCUCCAGCACCACCCCAAAAUCAACAUAUUGGAAAAUGGCGUGUUUCUAUGUUUUGUAGUAAAAAGAUAAAGAUGAGUAUUUCCAAUGACAUCAUCAACCAAUUUAGUAGGCACUACCUAUUCACAAUAGGUCAAAAUCACACGAUACCACACCGAUGAUGUCAUUGGAAACACUUAUCUUACUCUAUCUUUUACUACAAAACAUAGAAACGCACCAUUUUCACAUACACUACAUGACCAAAAGUAUGUAGACACCUGCUCGUUGAACAUCUCAUUCCAAAAUUAUAGACAUUAAUAUGGAGUUGGUCCCCGUUCCAAUUCAUCCCAAUGGUGUUCGAUGGAGUUGAGGUUGGCACUAUGCAUUCAGGCAGGUAGUGUUCUCCUGGCAUCUGCCAAACGCAGAUUCGUCCGCCGGACUGCCAGAUGGUGAAGUGUGAUUAAUCACUCCAGAGAAUGCGUUUCCCCUGCUCCAGAGUCCAAUGGCGGCGAGCUUUACACCACUACAGCCGACUCAUGGCAUUGCGCAUGGUGAUCUUAGGCUUGUGUGCGGCUGCUCGGCCAUGGAAAAACAUUUUAAUGAAGCUCCCGACGAACAAUUCUUGCGCCGACGUUGCUUCCAGAGGCAGUUUGGAACUCGGCAGUGAGUGUUGCAACCGAGGACAGACCAUUUUUUUGUGCGCUACAGGCUUCAACACUCGGUGGUCCCGUUCUGUGAGCUUGUGUGGCCUACCAAUUCGCGGCUGAGCAGUCGUUGCUCCUAACAGCACUUACAGUUAACCGGGGCUGCUCUAGCAGGGCAGAAAUUUGACGAACUGACUUGUUGGAAAGGUGGCAUCCUAUGACGGUGCCACAUUGAAUGUUUAUGAGCUCUUCAGUAAGGCCAUUCUACUGCUAAUGUUUGUCUAUGGAGAUUGCAUGGAUGGAUCAACGGGUGUGGCUGAAAUAGCCGAAUCCACUCAUUUGAAGGGGUGUCCACAUACCUUUGUGUACAUAUAGUGUAUGUUGAUGUUUGGCUGGUGCUGAAAAUGAAGUUGAAAAAUGUAUAAGUUUCCCUUUAACUACUGAUGCCCUAAUAACUGAUGGGCUUAUACGUUCUCUCUUGACAGGAGGCAUUGUAACAGAUGAUAACAGUUUUCUGGAUAGCAGUGCCUCUGUGGUCAAGCAGAAGUUAUAGAACAAUUUAAGAACACUGAACUGAUGUACUUGUCAGGCAUCCAUUCAUAUACCCCACUGUAUACAUGUGCAAUUGUGUGUAUUUAAAUCAAGGCCUGUGUGUUCAAUUUGAGGCCGUUUUGUAUGCCAAUGCAUGUGUAUACACCUCUGUUUAUACAGUGCAUUCGGAAAGUAUUCAGACCCCUUGACUUUUUCCACAUUUUAUGUUACAACCUUAUAAUAAAAUGGAUUAAAUAAAUAAAAAAUCCUCAUUAACCUACACACAAUACCCCAUAAUGACAAAGGAGAAAUACCUUAUUUACAUAAGUAUUUAGACCUUUUUUUUCAAUUGAUUGGACAUGAUUUGGAAAGGCACACACCUGUCUAUAUAAGGUCCCAAAGUUGACAGUUCAUGUCAGAGCAAAAACCAAGUUGAAGGAAUUGUCCGUAGAGCUCUGAGACAGGAUUGUGUCGAGGCACAGAUCUGGGGAAGGGUACCAAAGAAGAUCUGCUGCAUUGAAGGUCCCCAAGAACACAGUGUCCUCCAAGACUCUUCCUAGAGCUGGCCGCCCAACCAAACUGUGCAAUCGCGGGAGAAGGGCGUUGGUCAGGGAGGUGACCAAGAACCCGAUGGUCACUGUGAUAUGGGAGAACCUUCCAGGACAACCAUCUCUACAGCACUCCACCAAUCAGGCCUUUAUGGUAGAGUGGCCAGAUGGAAGCCACUCCUCAGUAAAAGGCACAUGGCAGCCUGCUUGGAGUUUGCCAAAAGGCACCUAAAGGACUCUGACCAUGAGAAACAAGAUUCUCUGGUCUGAUGAAACCAAGAUUGAACUCUUUGGCCUGAAUGCCAAGCGUCACGUCUGGAGGAAACCUGGCACCAUCCCUACGGUGAAGCAUGGUGGUGGCAGCAUCAUGCUGAUGGGAUGUGUUUCAGCGGCAGGGACUGGGAGACUAGUCAGGAUCGAGGGAAAGAUGAACAGAGCAAAGUACAGAGAGAUCCUUGAUGAAAACCUGCUCAGGACCUCAGACUGGGGCGAAGGUUCACUUUCCAACAGGACAACGACCCUAAGCACACAGCCAACACAACGCAGGAGUGGCUUCAGGACAAGUCUCUGAAUGUCCUUGAUUGGCCCACCCAGAGCCCGGACUUGAACAUCUCUGGAGAGACCUGAAAAUAGCAGUGCAGCGACGCUCCCCAUCCAACCUGACAGAGCUUGAGAGGAUAUGCAGAUAAGAAUUGGAGAAACUCCCCAAAUACAUGUGUGCCAAGCUUGUAGUGUAAUACCCAAGAAGACUCGCGGCUGUAAUUGCUGCCAAAGGUGCAUCAACAAAGUACUGAGUAAAGGGUCUGAAUACUUAUGUAAAUGUGAUAUUUAUUUUCUUCUUUUUAAUAAACUUGCACAAAAAAAUCUACAAACCUGUUUUUGCUUUGUCAUUAUGUGGUAUUGUGUGUAGAUUGAUGAGGAGGGGGGGGGGGGGGGACAGUUUUAAUCCAUUUUAGAAUAAGGCUGUAACGUAACAAAAUGUGGAAAAAGUCAAGGGGUCUGAAUACUUUCCGAAUGCACUGUAAGUUUAAGUAAGGCAUGUGUGAAUGUGUCUGUGCACGUAGAAAAUAGCUCUAUGGUUGUGCCGCAGUACACAGAUGUUUCCGCUGUUGUUCGUACUGCUGAGUGGCGCAAUGGUCUAAGGCACUGCAUCGCAGUGCUAACUGUGCUACUAGAGAUCCUGGUUCGAAUCCAGGCUCUGUCGCAGCCGGCCGCGACCGGGAGACUCAUGGGGGGCGCACAAUUGGCCCAGCGUCGUCCAGGGUAGGGGAGGGAAUGGCCGGCAGGGAUGUAGCUCAGUUGAUAGAGCAUGGCGUUUGCAACGCCAGGGUUGUGGGUUCGAUUCCCACGGGGGGCCAGUAUAAAAAAAAAAUAUAUAUAUAUAUAUAUAUAUAUAUAUAUAUAUAUAUAUAUAUAUAUAUAUGUAUGUAUUCACUAACUGUAAGUCGCUCUGGAUAAGAGCGUCUGCUAAAUGACUUAAAUGUAAUGUAAAUGUUCGCACAUCACUCAAAAUGUCUAUCUUAUCGCUUAUAAAACUAGAUAGAGAACUCCUCUCUAGCGAUACUGCCCGAAGCAGGAAGUGGCUUUUUGCAUUAUUCAUCCGCUCACUGUCACUUACACACAGGCACCUUUCACAAUCACUGAACAACACAAAGCUGUCAUAGUUCAGGUCUGUGCCUAUUUAAUAACCAAGCCCAACCUCUUUUUUUUAUUUUAUUUUUGUCCCCAAUGGUGCCAUGGGAAUGGAAACCAUAGCGACAGCACAGGAUUAUGCUCGUCAUGUGCUCAUGCCCUCUCUGUAGAGCCUCUGUCUAAAGUGUUGAUUAGACCGAGAAUCACACCAUAAUAAAAUGGAUAAUUCCAGAUAGUCCUGCUUGCUGAUUGAUUUGGUAGCGUUUGAGAAGUGCCAAUAUUCUCAUUAUGAGAGAGGUUAGGUUGAUUGCUGUGCCUUUGCCUCCAAUUAACAAUACUAUAGUUUAAUAAAAUAAGGUCAGAGUUUGACCAUUUCUCGGCCCAAGUUUGUUUAAUUUUGCUACACCAAAAUGUCAUCUUUGCUGUCAUGUUGUGCCAUAUCUUAACUGUGUUGAAAUCUUUGACAUGACUAGUAGGGGUUACAGAAAGUCAAAACCAUGACCUUACAAGCUGUCAUGCCAACCCUGCCAUGUAUUGAGUCAGUCUCUCUCUCAUCCCCAUGUUGGAGGUGAAUUUAAACAUGACAACUAUUUCAUUCAGUGUUCAUAGAGAGCGUUUUACAGAGAAUGCAUGCCUACAGAGAGUUUUUGAAAUGGCUCUACCUAAUAGGCAAGUGGGUUGAGUUAUUGUAAUUGGUUAAAGGUCAUGGUAUGUGUACUUAGUGUGUGUGUGUGUGCCUCGUGUGCACGUGCUAUUUCCCAUCUUUCAUAGCGGCCUGCUUGAGGGCCUCCAGUCCAAAUGAAAUUGGAGCGUGCGUGGAACGAGGGGGCGCCACCCCUCUGUGUUAUUGUAUGUAUUUGUUGUAUGGAAAGGGUUAAUGAAAAGAGGAAGAAAUUAAUGAAAUGUCAGUUCUGUCUCGACACUCAAUCGGAGCAGGUUAAUGUAGGCUAAUUAGUACGGCAUUAUAUUGCAUGUCCUCGUGUGAAAAUAGCUGCAGUUGUACAUCAUUGAAACUUUGCAAUGACACUACUCUUUCCAUUUUACUUUCCCUGGAGUAGACUUAAUCCUAAAUCUUUAUAAAUAUUCUGUGCUGGAUAAUGAUUAUUCAAUGCUUAAAAAUAUGUAGGCUUUUUAUGUAGGCUAGGCUAUAGGCCUACUUUCAGUGUGGGGUUAGGGUUUGGUGCCAAGUGUGCCCUCUGGUGGUUAGAGCACUCUCCGCAGUCAAACAUAUAUUUUAUUUUAAUUGCUGGGUGCGGAGUGUACUGGGAUCUUAAUAAUAUGUCAUCUAUAUUAAUAUAAUCUAACCCUUAAUCUAGUGACUUUGAGGACCGGUGUAUUGUAAUGGUUUAAAAGCCCUCUUAAGAAUUGUUUGUUUUUUACGUUUCUGCUGCUAAAAAUGUAGGCCUAUGCAAAUAUUAUUUUUGACCAUUUACGAGAUACUCGAAUCCAACAUGGAUAGUUUAUGCAGGAUUCGAACCCACAACCUUUGUGGUGCCAACACAGUGUUCCAACUAUCUGAGCCGUGUAAUACUCAUUGCUUCAUGUGGAAGUCAGCUUGAUAUGAAGGUCCAACUGUAUCUGUAUGCACUUUAUUUUGAAUGUGAAAGGUAAGCCUAACGCCUGUUACUUUAAUCUCUUGCGUAACAGGUACACCUGGGAGGUCUCUCAGCCACUUCGACAGCUCGGACGUCGGCAACACCACCACACUGUUGCUAAGUGACGACGGAGACACGUUGUUUGUGGGAGCGCGGGAUGCAUUUCUCUCAUUGGAUGUCAGCCAGGAGGACGCCAUUGUGAUGAGGAGCAAGGUGGGGGGAUUGACAUUUACACCCGUGUUAUCAUUAAGUUAUUAACAAGUAUGAUCAGCUUUAUGAGACUUCAUGAAGCUGUAUAAACCCUAUAAGCUUAUAAGUUCAUGCAUAAGACCACCAGAUUUUGUUGGAAAAUACCUAAGCCCUACAGUUCAUACAGGCUAUAUCGGAAAUAUUCAACACUGCAUAGAGCCCAUCUAUGCUGCAGAAAAUGUCCCCCUUCCAGUGGUUUAGUUCAGCGGUUGUCAUCUGAAACAGAAACACAGCUGGUUCAACAGUCUUAACACUGACCUCUCUCCCUCCAUUCUUCUCUCAGCUGGACUGGUCCCCCUCAGUGAAGGACCUGGACGAAUGCUCCAUGAAGGGCAAGAAAAAGGCAAGUUAACCCUAGCUCAGCCAAUCCACUCAUUUGCAUUAUAAUGCCGCAUGCUGCCAGUGUUUCCCCUAGAUUUGAUAUUAGACUGGCAGUUUAGGCCCCUGAGUCAAUAUCCAGGGCUACUGUCGCAAGGUUUUUCAAUAACACUUAAUUUGAGCUUUAGAAUUUAGAUUAUACCUUAAUACAUUAGAAAUUAAUACAACAAAACAAGUAGGUGGGGGGAUAGGAUAAGGCUGUGCAAGGUGGUUCUGGUCUGUCUUAGGGAGGAGAAACAUUACUUACUGGAGGCACAGCUGUCACUGCAUUCCACUUACAGCCACCCCACCAAGACUGUAAUUCCGUAAUGGAAUUGUUUAGCUAUUUGAUUGGAUAACUUUAACCGUCUUUCUGGCCGUCAAUGUGCUAGCGAUACAAAAGGAGGAAGUCAAUACAAGAUGGUCUUAUGCCAAUAGGGAUUAGCAGACCAAUGGGCCUGUAUGUAGCAUCAGUGGCAAUGGGCUUAGCCACAUUUGUGACAAGUCAAACAGAGCCACUUUAUACACGUCCAUAGUAUAAAUCAGAUGAACAGUGACCAUAAUGGCCAUUCAUACAAAGACCAAUCCCAUUAUACAAUAUAGAGUUGAUCCUCUCUAAAGGGUAUGGGGUAGCUUAUAGACUAAGGUAGCUUGCACAGCUUAUACACUAAGGUAAUUAUUCUUAUGUGUCAACAUUACUGACAUGGCCCACGUCCCAUGAUUCAGAAUCCGAGGAAUGAGCUGUGAUAAGUUAUCUGACAGAGGGAUAACGAAACAAUACGAAGCAAGCUGCUCUGAUUGUUUGUGUGGUGUGUGUGCAAGUUGUGUAUGGUGGGUGUGAAUAGGCCUUAUUCUCACAAUAAAAAUGUUUGAUGCUUUAUCUAAUUCUAGUUAAAAACAUUUUGGCUGCCAAUGGCCUUCAUUACAAUGAACGUUGGUGGGGCAGAAACAAGGAAAUGCCAUUGGUUAAAGACAUGUUCCGAAACUUUGGCGACUACUAAGUAUUUUUUAAACCUCACGCUUUGGGCAGGAUGUGUCAAUUUGUAGUUCAUACAUGCAGAAUUACCGUCUUACCUCAAUUAGCCACGAAAUCCCUUGUUUGAAAGACACUGUUUUUCUGGAAGCUGUGCAGCGCCAUUUUCCCUGAAGUUUCUCCCACGUGGGCCAGCCACCUAGCAAUUCGAAUUCAAAUAGGGAUGUUAACGGUUAACCGUUAAUCGGUUAGCCGCCGAAAAUACAUUUGACCAGUCAUGCUUAUUGGUCUAUAGGUUAAUUUGCAUAAUUUCGUGGAAUUAAAUUGGCAUGUAUUUUCAUUAGUCGUCAUGUAUCUUAUUUAUCACAUGCGCACAGCAUACAGAGCCUAGUUUGAGGAGCGGAAUAGCCUAUCACCUACCAGACGAGAGCACCAUCUCCGAGAGCAGCACCUCAAAAAGCUGGUACUGGAGUGUAACGUGCUUUUAUACGCCUAGUCAUUGUGCAACAAAUAACAAUUCUAAAUGCAAUGACGUGUUAAACUGUUUUGAUGGACACGAUUUUAAAAAGAGCUACUCUUUUGGAUAAGAGCGUCUGCUAAAUGACGUAAAUGUAAAUGUUUUCAUUUCUCAGCCUAAACUCGUAAUGCAAUCGCGCCUCCCAUUCACCAUUCGAGUGCAUAGGCUAUACUCAACGGUAGGCAGGCUAUCAGCGUGUCGCCCACCACUUUGCAACAUGAGCUUGAGGCAGUAUAAUUGUUUGAAACCUGGACGUUUUACUUUACUUCAAAUAAUAAAGAAUGUCUUACUUUGCUUCAAAGUAGCCUAGCCAAAAUCCAACCAUAAACAUGGAGGCAAUUAUUUUAUGAAGACUUCCUCAUGCCAUAAUUUCUCUACUGUUCUAUUAGUUUUCAUAUACAUUUAUUUAAUUAUCCAGAAGCCAAAGGCACAAUCCUAGUCAUAUUAUACUGAACGAAAAUAUAAACGCAACAUGCAACAAUUUCCAAGAUUUUACUGAGUUACAGUUCAUAUGAGGAAAUCAGUACAUUUUUAUAAAUUCUUUAGCAACAACUAGGAUGGGUUUCUACACUGAACAAAAAUAUAAACGGAACAUGUAACGUGUGUUGGUCCCAUGUUUCAUGAGCUGAAAUGAAAGAUCCCAGAAAUGUUCCAUACGCACAAAAAGCUUAUUUCUCUCAAAAGUUAGCACAAAUUUGUUUCUAUCCCUGUUAGUGAGCAUUUCUCCUUUGCCAAGAUAAUCCAUCCACCUGACAGGUGUGGCAUACCAAGAAGCUGAUUAAACACCAUGAUCAUUACACAGGUGCACCUUGUGCUGGGGACAAUAAAGGCCACUCUAAAAUGUGCAGUUUUGUUACACAACACAAUGCCACAGAUGUCUCAAGUUUUGAGGAAGCGUGCAAUUGGCAUGCUGACUGCAGGAAUGUCCACCAGAGCUGUUGCCAGAGAAGAUUCCCCAUCUUUCUAAGUUUUUGAGAUUUUAAUCUCUGUCACAUAUGGAACCGCUCGCAUUAGGUGUGCUGUUUAGAACUGUGUUUUCCUAUUAAUUGCAUUUUGGCAAAUGUUUGAAAAUGACGUUUUAUUAGGUGCUUCGUUACAGAAGUUGCAUGUUCAAUAAUAGGCUAUAGCCUUUUGACUGUAAGACGAUAGGCUUUCUAUUGUUGCAUGUUUCCAUUAAGCUUUUAAUGAAAAAUGUCCGUUCCUUGUAUGCGUGCAUAGUAUUUUCUGUUGGUCACAUCAUUUUACUGUUUGGGAAAAAUGUAACCGUUUGUUGAACGAUUUUAAUGAGGGCCGGUUAGUCGGCAGCAAAAUUGACCGCCAGAGCCCGGUCUUGAGCCCGAUCAUACAUCUCUGGAGAGACCUGAAAAUAGCUGUGCAGCGACGCUCCUCAUCCAACCUGACAGAGUUUGAGAGGAUCUGCGGAGAAGAAUGGGAGAAACUCCCCAUAUACAGGUGUGCCAAGCUUGUAGCAUCAUUCCCAAGAAAACUCUAGGCUGUAAUCGCUGCCAAAGGUGCUUCAAUGAAGUUCUGAAUAAAGGAUCUGCAUACUUAUGUAAAUGUGAUAUUUAAGGAUUUUUUUUUACAUUUUAAAAAAAUUAUAAAAACCUGUUUUUGCUAAGUCAUUAUCUGGUAUUGUGUGUAGAUUGACGAGGGGAAAAAAACAAUUAUAUCCAUUUUAGAAUAAGGCUGUAACGUAACAAAAUGUGGAAAAAGUCAAGGGGUCUGAAUACUUUCCGAAUGCACUGUAUGUGACGUAGUGCGCAAGUUUCUGGGACCACUUUUGGCUCGUGAGCGCUACUUUCACAACUACUGGCUAGAAAGUAUACAAAAGUACAGGAGAAUCUCUUUAAUAUAAUGUAGGCCUCCCAUGAAGUAAGCCUCCACAUGUGGCCCCAUUUAAACUAAGUAAUGAGAUCAGGGUUACCAGCGCUAUUGGCUCACUGGUGCGAACGGUGCUCCCUCCUCCUGACCUGCUCUCUCUAGACAGACUGACCCAAGCUUUGUUGCAGGGUCACCCAGUUCUGGUUCUGAAGUUCAUUGUGUUUGAAGAUGUGUUUAUUUGGCUUGGCUAUGAGCUAUCAAACUGGUAGAGCACGGCGCUUGUAACGCCAAGGUAGUGGGUUCGAUCCCCGGGACCACCCAUACACAAAAAAAUGUAUGCACGCACGACUGUAAGUCGCUUUGGAUAAAAGCGUCUGCUAAAUGGCAUAUUAUUAUUAUUAUUAUUAUUACAAUUCCUAGAACAGGAGUAUUGUUUUGACUGGAAUGACAGAUAGUAGCACACAGUGUGCCUCAAGGACCAGGAUUAGGAAACCGUUUUACAACACUGUGUAACUGUUUUCUCCAUCUCUCCCUGCACUCACAUUUCUAAGUACUAUACCUAGUUAUUUGCACUGUCUAAAAAUGUUCCCUGUCUCUGUCUUGUGUCCCCUCUUCAGGCGGAUUGUCCCAACUUUAUCCGGGUGCUGCAGUUCCUGAACUCCACGCACAUGUACGCCUGUGGAACCUUCGCCUUCAGCCCGCGCUGCACCUACAUCGUAAGAUUCUCUUACUCCAAACUGAAACAAGCUUUUACUGGCAUGCCAUACAUUUGUACAGUAUAUUGGAACCCACACCUACAUAAGAUUAUUUCCUCAAAAUACUUUUCUCAUAUUCCAUAUUCAAAUUAAAACAAGCUUUAUCGUCACCAAAUGUAUGAUUCAGUGUUAUCCAAGCAGUGUACUCAAGGACAAAUACAGUGAGGACAACAAGAUAUGAACACGUUUGUAGUAUUGCUCUCUCACAAUCUUACAUUUAUAUCACUCUCUAACUUAUUUUAUUGGUUGUUUAUCCAUAUUUGCGCUCUCCUUCCGUGACUGCCUCCCUCUGUAUUAGUUUUUGUUCCAUCCAUCCCUUAUCUCCCACCCACUGAGUAUCUUCUCCAACUCUCUUAAGAGGGUAAUGGUGCUUGGUCAUGGGCUGUACAGUAAACCCAUAUUAGAUAUUAGCUAUCCAAUGGCAAAUACAUUAGUGCCAAGCACAUCACGGCUGUAGGUAAUUUUUUGCUCAGAAACUCAGAAACGUGCGUGCCAGUGCUUCACACGAGAUUGAUCAUUUCUUAAUCCAGUUAUGUGAAGUACUGAGCUCAAUGACCAAUGUUUUCAUGCUCUGCUGGCUCGCCCCCUGAGUCUGAUGCCCAGGGGCUGAGACAGUGUGUGUGUGUGUGUGUGUGUGUGUGUGUGUGUGUACGCGUGUGUGCGGAAGAGCAUUUCUGUGUGAUGAGGUUUAAGAAAAUGGAUCCUCGAGUGACCACCAGUCAAGCCUGUUAACUCGGGUCAUGUUGAUGCUGGUAGCUUUACUGUACUACACUCACAUAGCCAACGCCAGCCAGGCCACUCAGACAGGACAUCCCUCACAUAUAAUGAUGCCCAAGACUGGGCUACACUUGUACAGUCAUGUGAAAAAGUAAGUACACCCCCUGGAAAGUGGUCUUUUUUAAAACAUAUUUGGACACAUGGAUAUUUUAGAUAAAUUCCCACCACAUUCAUUGAUAAAGGUAACCCAAUUUUAAGAAAUCACACACACAAAAAAAAGUAUACUUUGAAAAUGUUAUGCAAUUAAAAUAAACAAAAAUGUAUUUUCCUUAUGCAGAAAACGUUAGUACACCCCUACCUUUAAUACAAUUUGAAUCAGGUGCACCAAAACAGGUGCAAAUUAUUAUAAAAUAAUUAGAGAGAAACUUAGGGGGGUCCAGCCUUCCAUAAAGAUUAGAAACUUGGUCUGGUUUGGGCUUAACCAUAUGGGUGUGUGGUAACACAUCAUGCCAAGAUUAAAAUACCUACCCGAGGCCCUCAGAAGAAAGAUUAUUGAUGCCCAUGAGUCUGGGAGGGGUUACAAAUCCAUUUCCAAGCAAUUCGAAGUACAUCAUUCCACUGGCAAUCUACCUAGGACAGGUCGUCCCACCAAAUUCAGCCCAAGAGCAGACUGAAAGAUGCUCAUAGAAGUCUCUAAGAACCCCAGGGUAACAUCAAGGGAUCUACAGGCCUCUCUUGCCACAAUCAAUGUCGAAGUGCAUGAGUCAACUGUCAGAAAGAGACUGCACAAACUGGAAGGAAGACACCUCUGCUCUCAAAAAAGAAUAUCAAGACAUGACUGACGUUUGCCAGACAACACCUGGGUAAAGACCAAAACUACUGGAACAAUGUGCUCUGGACAGAUCAGUCAAAGGUGGAGUUGUUUGGCCACAGUGCCAGACGCCAUGUUUGGCGAAAAUGAAACACUGCCUUUGAACAGAAGAACCUCAAACCAACCGUAAAGUAUGGAGGCGGUGGCAUUAUGGUUUGAGGCUGCCUCAGGACCUGGCCAACUUGCCAUCGAGUCAACCAUGAAUUCUAUAUUGUACCAGAGAAUUGUUGAGGAGAAUGUGAGGCCAUCUGUCAAAAAGCUGAAGUUGAACCGAACAUGGAUCUUGCAACUGGACAAUGAUCCAAAACACAAAAGCAAAGCCACAACAGAAUGGCUCAAAAAUAAGAAAUUGAGUGUUAUGGAAUGGCCGAGUCAAAGCCCAGAUCUCAAUCCUAUCGAAAUGCUGUGGGGGGGACUUGAAGCGGGCUGUGCAUGCAAGAAAGCCCCCGGACAUGACACAGUUGAAGCAGUACUGUAAAGAAGAGUGUGCAAAAAUUCCUCCCAGUCGAUGUGAGAGACUGAUGGACAGUUACAAGAAAUGUCUACAUUAAGUUAUUUCAGCCAAAGGGGGCAACACAAGCUAUUGAAGCUAGGGGUGUACUUGUUUUUUCCGCACUAUGGAAUUGCAUUUCUGUUUAUUUUUGAUGAAUAAAUGAUUGCAAAGUAUAAUCUUUCAGUGUCAUUUGUUAAAUUAGGUUACCUUUAUCAUAUCCAUCUGUCCAAAUGUAAAAUACAACUUUCCAGGGGGUGUAAAAAUUAUGUCGCUCCUUUAUAUACUUAGCUUGAACCAAAGCAUCCUUUAGCCUCAGAGGCCUGUCUUUGUCUUUAGUAACCAUUUUACAUUUGGGCCCGGUUUUUCAUUUGAGGUUACGAUCUCUAGUAGCCUAACACAGGUUUUUAGCUGCUACACUGGAAGUGUAUCCCAGAGGAAGCACAAGCCACUUAAUCAAGGAUCUACCCUUGGUCCAUUAGCAGAAAGUAGACAUGGAGCAAAAUUUCACGCUUCAAAAUGACGCUUCGCUCACCACGGCCAUUGUAGCAGGAUUCAUUGACUACAGGGGGGAGGGUAUCACUCGUGGCUGAUGCUCGGCAAAAAUUACGAGUCCAGUGUAGCAGGUCUGUAACUAUUUUAUGUUGUUAGAUAAAACUGCACUAAACACGUAACUUUGGCUUCCUCUUGAGUCAUGAUCUUUGCUGUAUUUUUUUAUUUGUAUUUAUUAUGGAUCCCCAUUAUCUGCUGCCAAGGCAGCAUCUACACUUCCUGGGGUCCAGCAAAAUUAAGGCAGUUAUACAGUUGAACAGUGUUUCCACCGACACAUUGGUGCGGCUGGCUUCCAGGUUAAGCGGGCGGGUGUUAAGUAGCGCGGUUUAUGUUUCGGAGGACGCAUGACUCGACCUUCGCCUCUCCCGAGCCCAUUGGGGAGUUGCAGCAAUGAGACAAGAUCGUAAUUGGAUAUCACGAAAUUGGGGAUAAAAAAAGGGGGUGUACAAAUUAAAAUUAAAAUAAAGGUAGAGUAGUGCUUUAUUAUGGACAGACUUCUCCCCAUCUUAGCUACUGUUGUAUCAAUAUGUUUUGACCAUGACAGUUUACAAUCCAGGGUUACUCCAAGCAGUUUACUCACCUCAACUUGCUCAAUUUCCACAUUAUUUAUUACGAGAUUUUGUUGAGGUUUAGGUUUUAGUGAAUGAUUUGUCCCAAAUACAAUGCUUUUAGUUUUUGAAAUAUUUAGGACUAACUUAUUCCUUGCCACCCAUUCUGAAACUAACUGCAGCUCUUUAAGUGUUGCAGUCAUUUCAGUCGCUGUAGUAACUGACGUGUAUAGUGUUAGUCAUCCGCAUACAUAGACACACUGGCUUUUCUCAAAGUAAGGGGCCUAGACAGCUGCCCUGGGGAAUUCCUGAUUCUACCUGGAUUAUGUUGGAGAGGCUUCCAUUUAAAGAACACCCUCUGUGUUCUGUUAGACAGGUAACUCUUUAUCCACAAUAUAGCAGGGGGUGUAAAGUCAUAACACAUACGUUUUUCCAGCAAUAGACUAUGAUUGAUAAUGUCAAAAGCUGCACUGAAGUCUAACAAAACAGCCCCCACAAUCUUUUUAUCAUCAAUUUCUCUCAGCCAAUCAGUCAUUUGUGUGCUGUGCUUAUUGAAUGUCCCUCCCUAUAAGCGUGCUGAAAGUCUGUUGUCAAUUUGUUUACUGUAACAUAGCAUUGUAUCUGGUCAAACAUAAUUUUUUCCAAACCUUUACUAAGGGUUGGUAACAGGCUGAUUGGUCGGCUAUUUGAGCCAGUAAAGGGGGCUUUACUAUUCUCAGGUAGCGGAAUUACUUUUGCUUUCCUCCAGGCCUGACCCUGCUCUGCUCUUUUCCUUACAGAACUAUGAGACUUUCUCCCUCGUAACGAGCCCCAGCGGAAAGCCAGAGGAGGGCAGAGGUCGCUGCCCCUACGACCCCUACCAACGUAACUCAGCCAUCACCGUCGGUAAGAGAUGACUAACAGGAAGUGGAGGGGGUAGUUAAAGACCCACAGAACAGAGCCUUUAGACAAGGAAAUGUAAUUGGCAAAGGGCAAUGAUGACAUCAUAGCCUUCAACAUUCUCCAGGAAGUGUGCCGUUACGAACCAAUGAUAUCAUACACGUUAUGGUAUACUGGUGUCUACUCCUUUAGAUCUGAAAGGAUUUGAUAGGUCUGAGUUAUAUGGCGAUAAUUUCACCCAACCUAUGAGAAGGCAACAUGAAGCAAUUAACACAUUGCUUGAACCAAUCCAAUCCUUUCAGAUCUACAUGAGUGCCUAGGGGGAUAGGGAUCCAUGUGGGAUUCAUAUGAACUUCUUAGUCUCUUCGAUGUCGUCAUAUUUGUCCCAUCUCAUUGUAGGAGGGUGUAGGGUGGGGUUAAGAAUAGUGUGCAGAAAGGUGGUGGAGAUUGCCAUGAUAAUGUGGUGGCGUUUUAAUCUGUGAUUGUGUCUGUGAGAGAGAGGAAGAGCAGACGCUAAUAAUAAUCUUGCCCAUAAACCCUUGGCCUGAUGUCUUUACCUUUAUGUGGGUGGCAUGUGACUGCUAGCAAAGAUUACAGUACAUGAGGGGGGGGGUUACAUAUGUAUCCUGAUUAGGCCUAUAUAUCUGUCAUUGGCCAUAAUUAGCAUUUUAUGUAUUCGAGAUUAUGAUUUCACUGACCAAGAGGGGGACGUUUAAAAUGUAACUGGAUUUGACUGUCGUAAAUUAAGUCAUAACGCCUGUCACGACAGGUUGUGAGAAUCUGUCCCCAGCAGAGCUUGCUCUUAUGACAGCUGACACAUACUACGCAAUGCAUACAUCUUGUAUUUGGGUCAUGUUCCUCGCAAUAAAUGUCAAGUCUUGACAGAAUCUGUCGUCACCUGCUAAGGCAUUGUGUCUUGAUGUGGAAGGACAUUUCCAGUACAUUACAUAAUAAUUACAUGCACGGACUGUUCAAGGGCUCCGAGUGGCGCAGUGGUCUAAGGCACUGCAUCUCAGUGCUUGAGGCGUCACUACAGACCCCCUGUUUCGAUUCCAGGCUGUAUCACAACCAGCCGUGAUUGGGAGUCCCAUAGGGCGGCGCACCGGGUUUGGCCGGUAUAGGCCGUCAUUGUAAAUAAGAAUUUGUUCUUAACUGACUUGCCUAGUUAAAUAAAGAUAAAAUAAAUUAAAAAUUAUAAUUUUUAUUUCCCCUGGCCAUAACCUUGUUGUCAUCCAAAGCCAGUACAUUUCUUUAACUCUGUCAUUAAUAAAGGUAUUGGUAUUGGUAUUGUUCAGCUUUGGCUGUUAUGUCAUUCUCCUGUAUGUUUACUUAGGUUUACAUGCCUUGUACUGGAUGACGCUCACUGUGUGUGUGUGUGUUCAGAUGGAGAGCUGUACACUGGAACUGUAGCGGACUACAUGGGAAACCGGCCAGUCAUCUCCCGCCACCUCAGCGAGGGCAGCCAUGUUGAUCUGAAGCUGGACGACACUUUGGGCUGGCUGGAGGGUACGUGUCUGCAACAAACUACUCAUGAUGUAUUACACACAUCUCCAAGGCUCUGACGUACACUGAGUGUACAAAACAUUAGGAUCACCUUCCUAAUAUUGAGUUGGAUGUCCUUUUGGUGGUGGACCAUUCUUGAUACACACGGGAAACUGUUGAGUGUGAAAAACCCAGCAGCGUUGCAGUUCUUGAGACAUACCGGUCUCAAGGCUUAAAAAUCCUUCUUUAACCUGUCUUCUCCCCUUCAUCUACACUGAUUUGAAGUGGAUUUAACAAGUGACAUCAAUAAGGGAUCAUAGGUUUCACCUGGUCAGUCUGUCUUGGAAAGAGCAGGUGUACAUAAUGUUUUGUAUACUCAGCUGGAUAUUUAGCAAUACGUGACAGAGGGAGAAAUACCUACAUGUGACCUUUUCCACAUAAAGCACAGAUAAAAGGAAAUGUACAUUUCAACUUCUAUUUAAACUGCUCUUUUAAAGGACUACAUUUUUAAAGGAAAUAGUUUAGUCAUACGUCGGUUGGUGUUGGUUAAGCCCUCCUAACCAAUACGUCUGCAAUACUUUCCAAUGAUUACUUUGUUAAUUAAUUUGCCUAACAAGUAACACACUUAUCUCUCGAUUAGUGUAGCCAAUUGUUCAGUCUUUUUCUCCAGAUCCCACUUUCAUCGGCUCCAACUUCGUCCCAAGUGAGGAGAAGAUCUAUUUCUUCUUCAGUGAGGUGGGCCGGGAGUACGACUUCAUCAACAAGUUCACUGUGUCUCGCAUCGCCCAAGUCUGCACGGUAAGACCCUAAGAGAUGCAUUAUUAUGUGGUUGUACAUCGAGUGUGUGGUUGUACAUCUGCGUGUGUGCGGAUGCAUGUUAAUGGUAAUCCUCUCAACCAUUUCCUCUCUGUCCCAGAGUGACAUUGGGGGCCAGCGUACCCUGCAGCGACGUUGGACCACCUUUGCCAAAGCCCAGCUCCUGUGCCAGUCUGACAACGAGCUGCCCUACAACGUCAUCCAGGACAUCGUCACCCUCCCGCCACCUGAGGGUGCCCCAGUGGACGACACACUCUUCUUCGGCAUCUUCAGCUCUCAGUGGUCAGUAGUUUACACAUUCUAUAAGCUAUGAAUGGGAUUAAGUCAUCUGUUGACAUUCUCCCGUACGAAUGGCAACCGUUGUUUCUUGUUAGCAGGUCUUACAGGUCUCAGUCACCAGAUCUCAACCCAAUUGAACACUUAUGGGAACACUUUCUGGAGCGGCGCCUGAGACAGCGUUUUCCACCAUCAUCAACAAAACACCAAAUGAUGGAAUUUCUUGUGGAAAAAUGGUGUCGCAUCCCUCCAAUAGAGUUCCAGACAAUUAUAGAAACUAUGCCAAUGCGCAUUGAAGCUGUUCUGGCGGCUCGUGGUGGCCCAACGCCCUAUUAAGACACUUUAUGUUGGUGUUUCCUUUAUUUUGGCAGUUACCUGUACCUUGCUAGAGAGUGACAAGUCCCGGCCUUUUAUAGGACAGUAUAAUGAACUCCAAAUUAUAUUUGAAUCCCUGAAAAACAUUUGUCAAACAAGACCACUUAUUUUUUAUAUUUUUUACUGGUUGGCGUGUUGAGGGUUUUUGAAACAAGAAGUGGGUUUCAGAAGGGUGUUCAAGAUUUGCCAAGUUUUUACUAAUUUAGCUGCUACCAGAUUGUAGCAUGGUUGUGACCGCAAGUGUCUUUGAUGUUUGUGCCACUACUAGGUCGGUGAACUCAGGGCGGUCGGCAGUGUGUGCCUUCCGCCUGGGCGACAUCAAAGCGGUUUUCGCAGGCAACUACAAGGUCCUGAAUCGGGACACGCUACGGUGGAGCAUGCGGGUUCAGGAGAAGGUCGCCAACCCGGGAGAGGUAAGCGUGUCCCCGUCUUGAAUGACAGAGGUCCCCAGAGGGUCAGCAGAAAUACAUUAGCUUGUUAGCAAAUCGAAGUUGGAUGAAAGGAAAAUAUAAUUAAGAAGUAAAAACAACUUCUGGAGACCAAACAGAACAAAAGCUACUCAGACAAAACAAUGCCAGGGAAUGCCUUGUUUAUCCUUGCCUAGGUAAAUGUUAGUUACUUUCUGAUACGUCUUGGAUUCUUUUACAUAUUGUGUUGUCUCCCCAUGUUGUAUUGCAUUGAAGAUCAAUCAGCCAUGCCUUAGGUCAUAAGCCUGGCCUGGUUUGAUGUUCAAUAAGAAGAAACUUCCAUACAUUGAACUUGGCAUAAUAAAUGUGAUAUUGUAGUUUUAAGACUUUGUAAUCUUCUUUAUUCUAAGUUUCGUCAAACUCCUUAGCAUACUUGUUGUGGAUGACUUCCACACAGGCCAAUUGGCAUACAGCUGGAUGUUUCUCAGAAUCUGUAUCUGGCUCAAUCCCUCUCUCCCUCCUCUCAGUGUGGCCUGCACAACGCCUCAGACAACACCCUUCGCUUUGUCAAAGAAAACUUCCUCGCGGACGACAGCGUACACCCUGUGGGGAAGAGCCUGACCAUGGUGUCACCUGACCAGCGCUACAGCCAUGUGGUCACCCAGAGAGUACAGGCCGCCAACAGCAAGGACUACACCGUUCUAUUCCUGCUUACAGGUACUGGACAUGUAUUCAACUGGAAUCGACCUAAAUAUGAAUGUAUUACUCAGUUCAUGUAUGCAUGUGCACACCACUACCGUGUUAGUCAUUUGUUUCAAACGCUUGCUUUCAGAAUCAGGCUACCUCCACAAAGCAGUGCUGCUGGAGAAGGGUGCACACAUCAUUGAGGAGAUCCAGGUCUUCGAGCAGCCUCAGCCCGUAAAGAACCUCCUGCUCUCAAUAGCCAAGGUACCUUUCUAGUCAUUAGGUAUUCUCCAUCUCAAGUCAGGUACUCAUCCCACUUUACCCUCGCCUCGCUGUCACAUUACAUUUUAAUGGGCUCUACACCACAGGGGCCUGCUGGCACUUAACAUUAGCACUUUAACCGCGCACGAUGCAAACAGUGAAUCCCCCUUUCGCCAAAGCUCUCACGAGAUGUUUCCUUUACAUUAACUUCCCCUGUCAUCUCCUGUGGAUGUGUGCGUGAAUGUGUGCGCUGGGUUCGUCUGCUCUUUAACCCCACCAAUAUGCCCAGAAGUCUCAACCAAUCACAUCACAUCACUGCAUCUGCUGGUGACUGACAGAUGGACAUGGCCUGGGGAGUCUGUGUCACUUGCUGGCUUCAUGCCUUCUGUGAAGUGCGAGAUGGUUGGUUAGCACGGAAUAGACACAGAAACUGUUAAACAUUUUUACUACCACUGCAUAUAAUAUUUCAAGGUUUUAUCUAACAGCCUUCUUCGCAAAUAAUGAAAUGCUGAUGACAAAUGCAAAUUGUGUUGUUUUUUUUACUGUUGAACUAUUGUUAAGUGUACACUGUACACCAUAGCAUAGGCUAAAUGAACAGAAGCUGGUAAGGUUUUGCAGGACUAUGUGUCCGAGGCGAUGGUAUUAGCCCGGAUAAGCCCUCUCUCGGAUCUGCUGCACGAGAGAGAGCGAGAGAGAGAGGCUGGCGAGCUGUCCGUCUGGAGUGUGUGUUCAUGACGCAGCAAUUCAGUGACAAAUGUAUUCAAUUAAUCCUUCUCAUAAUUACUACCCAAUAAAUCUCUUUGUGCCCUUGGUCAUUAAGUGUAUACUAACGCUAACAUGUUAAUAUCCUUAUCCCCCUAUGUUGUUUGCCAUAGCUGUGCAUCGCGAUCGACUGGUUUAUCUCAAAGGCAUUCCUAGUCGAUCACCAAACAUUUCUGUAAAAAACAACAAGAAAGCCUUGCGUGUUUUUUUUUUUUCUGCUGUUAGCGAUAGUUGCACUUGAUUCAGCAGCCCUAGCGCCGGGAAGGAAAGUGUUCGCAUUUUGAACCAUUUCAUGUGUCUGAAGGUAAAACUCUGCCUACCCGGCUGGCCCAGAAAGCAAAUCAAGUGCACUUAUAGGCCUACCGCUGGCCAAUCGGAUAGCUCAGAUCACCAUGUCUGCACGGUUUCCUCGAGCCAUAGGCUGUAAAAAUAAGGCUCGAGCACACGAAGUUGAUACUGAGAUUUAAAAACGUUAAAAACCAUGACUAGAUAGAGACUCAAUGAAUACAGCAAAAAGCUGCUGUUUUUAAGUAAGUUAAUGUUUAAGUUGCUAUUCAGCACUAGCAACACUUUGUUCAACAUUUGUAUGAGCCAUAAAAUGCUCCUUACUUCCACUUACUACUGUACAACCAGCACUGCAGCUACAAUGAAUGAGUAUAGUAAAGUGUUCCGAUAAGCUUGCGUUGUUACUAUUAGCGGCUUGUCUUUUUUAAUAUAUAGGAAUAUUUCACUUUCUCUGGUCAUAGGAAAACAACAUGAGAUGCUGUAUGAGGCAAAAAUAAAGCAGAACGACUUGAGUUUUGCCAUCAGCUGGAAGACUGUCCCCUUUUCUCAGCAGAGGAAGGGAGAGUGGAGGGACGGUGAGUCGCGUGAGAGGCAGCCUCACCGCUGCUCCCUCCCUCCCUCCCCUUAGACUCACCAUUAGAUGCAGGCCAUCAGUCUAGUAAAAUAAAAAAAUUGAAUUAUUAUGCUCAUUCAGCUGUGCCUCACAAGUAAUACAACACAUUAUCUAUUACCAGUGUGAUCAUAUACCUAAAGCCUACUGCACAAACCUAAUUGCUACAUAACUGUUUUUAAUAGGCUAAUGUUGCAUAGGCUUAUGUUUUUUUAACUAAUGUAAAAAGAUUAUGAAACAUCUGAGAGGUAGAUCUCUGUGUGCUUUUGGACUCAAAGUGAUCUUGACCACUGCUGUACACUAACAUUAGCGACUUCGCACUAAUGCUAUCCUUCACCCCCACAGGGUGUGGUGUUUGUGGGCUCAUCAGAAGGCGUGGUGAGGGUCCCGGCCUCCAACUGCUCCUACUACUGGAGCUGUGCCGAGUGUGUGCUGUCCCGGGAUCCCUUCUGUGGCUGGGACCCCUCCAACAAAGUCUGCACCCACGCCACCAGCAUCCAGGACAAAGUGUGAGUGUCACACCCUAUCACAUUACAUUACAACGACUCCACCCAGCAGGCACAACACCAAUACACUGGAGGAUUUAUAGGGUGUACCAUGGCAAGCGUAAUAUACAGCUUGCAUAGAGCUGGAUGUAAGAAAUUACUUUUGGAUAAAGGCUGUUACAUUUGAUAUCGUGGAAUUAAUUUAUUUCCUUCAGGGCUGGAUUCCCUGACACAAAAACACUUUAAAUGGAUAUUCUCAAUUGAACAUGCUUCUUAGAACAGGAGUAGGCUUAAUGUUUCCCUAAAACCGGCCCAUAAUAUUUAAGAAAAAACAGAAUAACAUUUAAUGGGUAUUUAUUUAGGGUAUAGCUAGAGUACAUACACUAUGUAUACAAAAGUAUGUGGACACCCCUUCAAAUUAGUGGAUUCGGCUAUUUCAGCCACACCCGUUGCUGACAGGUGUAUAAAAUUGAGCACACAGCCAUGCAAUCUCCAUAGACAAACAUUGGCAGUAGAAUGGCCUUACUGAAGAGCUUAGUGACUUUCAACGUGGCACCGUCAUAGGAUGCCACCUUUCCAACAAGUCAGUUUGUCAAAUUUCUGCCCUGCUAGAGCUGCUCCGGUCAACUGUAAGUGCUGUUAUUGUGAAGUCUAGGAGCAACAACGACUCAGCUGUGAAGUGGUAGGCCACACAAGCUCACAGAACGGGACCACUGAAGCGCGUAGCGUGUUAAAAUCGUCUGUCCUCGGUUGCAACACUCACUACUGAGUUCCAAACUGCCUCUGGAAGCAACGUCAGCACAAUAACUGUUCGUUGGGAGCUUCAUGAAAUGGGUUUCCAUGACCGAGCAGCCGCACACAAGCCUAAAAUCACCAUGCGCAAUGCCAAGCGUCGGCUGGAGUGGUGUAAAGCUCGCCGCCAUUGGACUCUGGAGCAGUGGAAACGCGUUCUUUGGAGUAAUGAAUCAUGCUUCACCAUCUGGCAGUCCGACGGACUAAUCUGGGUUUGGUGGAUGCCAGGAGAAAUGCUACCUGCCCGAAUGCGUAGUGCCAACUGUAAAGUUUGGUGGAGGAGGAAUAAUGGUCUUGGGCUGUUUUUCAUGGUUCGGGCUAGGCCCCUUAGUUCCAGUGAAGAGUAAUCUUAACGCUACAGCAUACAAUUACAUUCUAGACGAUUCUGUGCUUCCAACUUUGUGGCAACAGUUUGGGGAAGGCCUUUCCUGUUUCAGCAUGACAAUGCCUCCGUGCACAAAGCGAGGUCCAUACAGAAAUAGUUUGUCAAGAUUGGUGUGGAAGAACUUAACUGGCCUGCACAGAGCCCUGACCUCAACCCCAUCGUACACCUUUGGGAUGAAUUGGAACGGCCUAAUUGCCCAACAUCAGUGGCCGACCUCGCUAAUGCUUGUGGCUGAAUGGAAGCAAGUCCCUGCAGCAAUGUUCCAACAUCUAGUGGAAAGCCUUCCCAGAAGAGUGGAGGCUGUUAUAGCAGUAAAGGGGGGACCAACUCCAUAUUAAUGCCCAUUAUAUUAUAUAUUAUAUAUGAUUUUGGAAUGAGAUGUUCGACGAGCAGGUGUCCACAUACUUUUGGUAAUGUGUACUUUAUUUUUUUUAUUUGUUAUUUAUUUUUUACAUUAUAGAGGUCCUCUGUAGCUCAAUUGAUAGAGCAUGACGCUUGUAACACCAGGGUAGUGGGUUCGAUCCCUGGGACCACCCAUACGUAAAAAUGUAUGCACACAUGACUGUAAGUCGCUUUGGAUAAAAGCGUCAGCUAAAUGGCAUAUUAUUAUUAUAUUAUUAUUAAUCAAAAGGGGACCAUUGCGCUCUCCCAGAAGUUUAAUUGGUGUGUAAAACCUGUGAAUUCAGAUAAGCAAAAAGGUGUGAUGGGUCCUCACUCAAAGAUGUCGCAUAAAACUUACUUCAUUUUUUUUUUUUUACUGCAUCAGGGAUAGUGUUCAGACAUUCCGGCUUUGCAGCCUUGUUCAGUGUGUAGCUACAAAUACUUUGUGUAGGUACAAAAAAAAGGUGGACCUACACACUGAAGAAGGCUGCAAAGCCAAAACGUCUGAGUACGCUGUCCCUGAUGCAGUGAAUAAAAAAAAUGAAGUAAGCUUUAUGCGACAUUAGAGUUAUCCAGAAUGUAAACAGGAACUUUGCAUGGACAGAUGCACAGAAUAUAUCACACAAACUCACAUACAGUGCAUUCGGAAAGUAUUCAGACCCCUUGACUUUUUCAACAUUUUGUUACGUUACAGCCUUAUUCUAAAAUUUAUGAAGUUAUUUUUUCCCCUCAUCAAUCUACACACAAUACCCUAAAUGACAAAGGGACAUUUUUGCAAAUGUAUUAAAAAAUAUAAAAAACAGAUUACCUUAUUUACAUAAGUAUUCAGACCCUUUGCUAUGAGACUCCAAAUUGAGCUCAGGUGCAUCCUGUUUCCAUUGAUCAUCCUUGAGAUGUUUCUUCAACUUGAUUGGAGUCCACCUGUGGUAAAUUCAAUUGAUUGGACAUGAUUUGGAAAGGCACACACCUGUCUAUAUAAGGUCCCACAGUUGACAGUGCAUGUCAAAGCAAAAACCAAGCCAUGAGGUUGAAUGACCUAAAGGACUCUCAGACCAUGAGAAACAAGUUUCUUUGGUCUGAUGAAACCAAGAUUGAACUCUUUGGGAGAAACUCCCUAAAUACAUGUGUGCCAAGCUUUUAGCGUCAUACCCAAGAAAACUCUAGGCUGUAAUCACUGCCAAAGGUGCUUCAACAAAGUACUGAGUAAAAGGUCUGAAUACUUAUGUAAAUGUGAUAUUAAAGUUUUGUAUUUUUAAUAAAUUAGCAAACAUUUAUAAAAAACUGUUUUUGGUUUGUCAUUAUGGGGUAUUGUGUUUAGAUUUAUUAUUAAAAAAACACACAAUUUAAUCAAUUUUAGAAUAAGGCUGUAACGUAACAACAUUUUGAAAAGGUCACUGGGUCUGAAUACUUUCCGAAUGCACACACGUAAACAAAUACACACACACACACACACACACACACACACACUGACAGUGUUUAUCUCCUCUUCUACAGAGGCCAGGAUGUGGAUGGAGGGAAUGUGCAGGAGGCGUGUGCGUCGCCCAUGACGCCCAGAUCCAGAUUUGGACUGCACAAAGGAAACGCAGGUGAGAAUCACUAGUGUAAACAGCCAUCAUGCUUACAGUGAGCUUUGUAGUCACCAUUUUCUGCAUAGACAAACAUCUUUAUACCUAUCCUAUUAUCUAUCUGCCAGACUAGUCUAUAGAUAGAUACACACUGCAUUGUAUGUGUGUGCGCAAGCCUUUGUUUGUGGGCUAGCUGCUAGCUUAGACGCUAACUGCCAGAACUAGCAUCUGGCUCAAUCUGAGCUUGGGCCUCAGUCAGUGACUCUUGAUUUAUGUUAGACUCCUUUCCCCCAGGCGAGCUGGUGUCGGUGUCCCUGAAUGAGGUGGUGCGACUGCAGUGUCCAGCGGCCUCGAGCAUGGCCCACCGCCACUGGGAGCGACCCAACAGCCGCCUCUCCCCGGACCUCUACCUGCAGCUGGAGGACGGAAGCCUGCACUUCCUGGCCACGCCCGCCACCCUGGGCCACUACCUGUGUCUAUCCACAGAGAACGGCUUCCAGCAGAACCUGGCCAUCUACCAGGUAAAGCAGAAGAGCAGCCCCACCCCCCAGGCCACUGCUCCUGACGUGACGCCCACUCGCCCCCAGAGCCCGGCCCUCCUCCCAACCACCCAGGCCGGCUCAGGAGGAUGGCUCACCCCGCCCUUGACGGUGCCCAAGCAGACCGAGCCGGAGCCCACCGCGCUGGCAAGGGAGACUCAGGCCACCACAAGGCGGACCAGCAGGAACUUUACCUUCUGGGUGGAGCAGUCGGAGGAGACUGAGGCAAAGUCGCUGGGAGGAGAGAAGCUGCUGCUUGCGCUGGGGCAAACCUACCUGAAGGAGCUGGUGGUGGUGUCUGUACUGCUAGCAUCCUGCGUUAGCAUCCUGCUAACCAUGGUGCUGUACGGCAUGAGGCAGCGCUGCCGCAGCAGGACGGUGCCCCAGGCCAACGCCCCAGGGAGGGACUUGGAGAGGGGUGGCCAUCAGGAGCGGGAGGCCCUCCGGGGGGGUCAGUCACCGCGCAGCAACGGCAAGCGGAACGGGCAGGCGGCACACAACGGCCAAGACAACGGGGUCGUGUGCAACGGCACGCCUAAGGGCUCCAACGGGCAUCUGCCCAACACCCCUAUCUGAGCAUAGUCAACCACAUCACACUCUAACUAUUGACAGUACCAUAUCCACUCUUCCUGAGAGAAAUGUAGCCUUUACAUGGUCGCACUAAGCCAUGGGAUUUUACAUAAACGCGGCUAACUGCAGCACUCUGAAUUGUAUGGACUGUCAUGGCAGUGAGUAAGACUGUUUGGCCUGAUAGACUGUGGUAACUCAAUUUAAAGGACACUUUUCUUCUGGUACGAUACAAGCCUAUGUGAAUCAAAUGGGCAGACUGAUAAAUGUGACUCUCACUGCUCUUAUGUAAUAUUGUGUAUUAUAUUGUGCUGUAUAUACUUAGGAGAAGAGGUUCAAUCGACUAGACUGUUUUUGUGUAUUUAAUGAAAGAGCCAAGAAAGCCGAUGUAUCGAAUGUAAAUGAAGGACUGCGUCACUAUACGGCCACAAAAAAAAAAAAAAAAGAAUUGCUCCUAAACAGGUUUCUCUACCACUAACUAUUAACUAAUGUGUCCACUCAAAUCCCAGGCAGUGUGGAUGCAUAUCGCGAGUUACACAAAAACAGCCUUUUUUGUUCGAACAGUGUUUUUGUAUCAUCAGGUCUACAUUGCUAAACCACUUUCUUUCUAUGCAGCGUCAGCGAAGGUUAGCGGAGCACGUUGUACAGUACAAGGUUUUUUCCACUCUAUUUAUUUUUGCUGGUUUAUUUUUGUCAUUCUGUUGAAUGUGCUGCCAAUGACUUCAAGUAUUUCCAACUUGCUUUUCUUUUCUCUCUCACCGAAACGCACAUUUUUGGAAAUCCUGCAGUCUGUGAAGCCAUGAGAACAUGUUGAUUUGACACUGUAGGCUUAUCUCUUCCAGAACAAACAAGAUUAUUCUGGUGUUUAGAGACCUUUAGUUUUGAUAAUAUAUGUGUUGUCAGCGUAUUAACUGGACAGAAAUCUGAAAAUCACUUUGAAAACUGAUAUUGCCAAAAUUGCAUUUUGAAUAAAAACAAAUGUUUUUUGCUAGACAGCUAUUCAGAGAGUGAAAACAGAUUAAGAGAAAGGUGGUUCAUUUUAAAGCUGCUUUAGAUGCCGAUGAGAAAGACGAAUAGUUAAACAAAUAUGGUACUCAUUGUCUUUGGUACAGAUCACAAACAACUUUUUUAAAUUAAGUUUUGUCUUUAUUUUUAUACAAUCGUAUGUUACUGUUCUAAUGUUGCAAAUAAACUGUUCAAUUUGUGCAAAAACAA